AUGGACCUGAGGGAGAUGAAGAUGAGGAAGGCUGUUGCUGGGCAGGGAGCGUACGACCCCCUGAGCGGGCUGUGUGCAUGGGCAGAAGUGGUGGCGGGAGACAAGGGAGAUCUGGAGGAGGAGCAGCUGGCGGGGGAGGACGAGGAGGACCCGGCCGCGCUGCUGCUGUUCUCCUCGUCCUCCUCGUCCUCCUCGCCCUCCCAACUGCUCCCGUUGCUGGGUUCCGUCCUGCUAUCGUCCUCCUUCGAUGGGCAAGAGGCGGCGGCUGGAGCGCUCUGCGGAGCGGAUGAUCUUCAGGGCAUGAUGGCGGCGAUACUGUCCCAGGCUUACGGCGGUGGUGGAGGCCUGGGCGGCGGCUGCAACGGCGCGGGGGCGGCAGGCCUGAACGACGAACAAGCGGCGCUGCUCUGCCGAAAGAGCGUUAACACCACCGAGUGCGUGCCCGUGCCCAGCUCCGAGCAUGUGGCCGAGAUCGUGGGUCGUCAGGGCCUCUCCCCGCACACCCCGGAGAUGAGCCCGGGUGAAGGACCCCCUUAUUUCGGUUACAAAAUAAAAGCACUAAGGGCCAAGACAAAUACUUACAUUAAGACCCCUAUUCGUGGAGAAGAGUCCAUCUUUGUCAUUACUGGACGGAAAGAGGACGUAGCCAUGGCCAAAAGGGAAAUUCUCUCAGCUGCUGAACACUUCUCCAUGAUCAGAGCAUCACGCAACAAGAACGGUUCUGCCCUGGGAAACUUGCCAUGUACCCCUAACCUGCCAGGGCAGACAACAGUCCAAGUCAGGGUGCCUUACCGUGUAGUUGGGCUUGUGGUGGGACCAAAAGGAGCUACCGUCAAAAGAAUUCAGCAGCAGACCCAUACCUACAUAGUCACGCCCAGCAGGGACAAGGAGCCAGUCUUCGAAGUGACGGGAAUGCCUGAGAACGUUGACCGUGCACGCAAGGAGAUUGAGAUGCACAUAGCCAUGCGCACCGGGAACUACAUUGAGAUCAACAAGGAGAAUGACUUCCAUUGCAACGGGACGGAUGUCAGCUUUGAAGGAGGCAUUCUCAGCGCUACCUGGCUUGCUUCUAAUCCUAACCCUCCUAUCCACACCAGAAUGAUUUCCAAUUAUCGGAAUGGCAGCUCCAGCUCCUUGGGAAGUGGCUCUACAGAUUCCUAUUUUGGAAGCAAUAGAUUGGCUGACUUCAGCCCAACGAGACCAUUCAGCACAGGCAACUUCUGGUUUGGAGAAAUGCUGCCUUCAGUGGGUACAGAAGACAUUGUAGUUGACUCUCCCACAUAUGACUCCUUGCCAAUGCCUUCCCAAACCAUUUGGACUCCUUUUGAACCUGUAAACCCCCUCUCUGGCUUCAGUAGCAACCCUGUUAGUAAAGCCAAUCUUCAGCAUCAAGGGAGCCAACCAUCUACUCCUUGCGUGUCACCCACUUUUCCAGAAAACUUGGAUCAUCCACUGGCCAGGAGAGUGAGGAGCGACCCAUCUAGCACUGCCCACCAAGCCGGCCUUCCCAUCUACAUCCCUGCUUUCUCCAAUGGUACCAACAGCUAUUGCUCUUCCAAUGGUGGCUCUACCUCCAGCUCCCCUCCGGAGUUGACACGGAAACAUGACUGCAUCAUCUGCUUUGAGAGGAAAGUCACUUCUGCCCUGGUCCCUUGUGGCCACAAUCUCUUCUGCAUGGAGUGUGCCAACAAAAUCUGUGAGAAGGAAACACCAGCGUGUCCCAUUUGCCAGGUAGCUGUUACUCAGGCGAUCCAAAUUCACUCUUAAAUAUAUAUAUAUAUGACAUUAUUAUAUAAUGAACUUUUAAAAACUCUUAAA